AUGAGCAAAAGAAGUGGAGCUGAAGAAACAAAUAUGCCGUCCCAAAAGGAAGGAUAUUUGGCUCAAGUGUUCAGGCAGCUUGUUCAUACCUUAGAAAGGAAUAAUGUUGUCAUGGAGCAGGUUUUGGAGCAAUUGGGACAGGGAGGCAGAAAGGUCCAAAAAUCAGGAAGCUGCAUGUCAACAGCCAGUUCUACGAGGGCAUUAAUGGACAUCAGGCGAGAGGAGAGGGUGACUGUAGAGUUAAAAGUUGCAUUUAUGAAAAUUACUGACAUUGACACAGUAAAUCAACAGUUUGAGGCAGAUAUCUUCAUACAGGCUAAGUGGGAAGAACCAUUGUUGGAUAAAACUCUUGUCAAGGAAUUUGACCCUACAGUGAUGUGGACCCCAAAGCUGCUCAUCAUGAACCUUGAUGGAGAAUUUUCUUUUAGUAGGAAUACAUACAACAUCCAUUAUGACAUGCAUCCAUAUCAGCAUGCUCUAGUAGUACAGCUAUGGAGGUUUAGAGGAUUCUUUAAAGAGAAUCUGGAGCUGGAACACUUUCCUGUUGAUGUUCAGGACCUGACCAUAUCAGUAUCAGCAGAACGAUCUGGAGACGAAGUGGAUUUGAUUGAAGAUCAGUACGCCCUCAGCUCCAUAAAUACCAGAACCUUCCUGGAUGCAGCAGAAUGGAAUGUGUACAACCAUGUGGAGACAUAUCGAGACCAAACUACCAUUGAAUAUGCCAGCUCUACGGUCCACCCAAUUCUCCAUGUCCAGUGUCGUGUUGCCAGGAAAGUUGGCUAUUUUGUGUGGAACAUCAUCUUCAUUGUUCUGCUGAUUGCUAGUUUGACAUUUACAUCAUUUGCAAUUGAACCUGAUGCAGCUGAUAGACUUGCAGUGACAAUCACCCUCUUCCUCACAGCGGUGGCAUUUAAGUUUGUGGUGAAACAGAGUCUUCCUACCAUCUCAUACCUUACCAAUCUAGAUAUCUAUGUGUUGAGUGCCCAGAUGUUCCUCACCCUCCAUGCUGCUCAAAAUGCCUGUAUCAAGGCUCUAACUAGAUUUAGCACUGCUGAUCAAGUGACCAUGUACGAUUCCUAUUCAAUGAUCUCCCUUGGUGUCAUCUUUCUGAUGUUCCACAUUAUCUUUGGUGUCUACCUAUACCUAACGGCAACCAAAAGAAGAAGGCACAUGAAGGAAAAAGAUGUAUUUUACAAGGAGAAGAGGCUGUUCUUAGAGAAAUAUGGAGCACUCAACACAAAUGUGAAUACAAUGAAAAAGUAA